UGAUGAUUGAAAAUUUUGGCGGGCAAAUAAGAGAAAUUCAAAUAAAGAGCCAACCCUAGCCACCCAUUCUCUUCCCUCUCUCUCACCGCUGUCUCUGAGUCUCUCUCUCUACACGCUUCUCACUGGAAAUUCCUCUCUUUAAUCUUUAUGAGUUUUCACGCGGAUAUCUUUGCUAAUUUAAGGCUGUUUUGAACUGAAGGGGAGAUCAUUGACGACGAUUUCGACGCCUCAAAUCUUUAAUCACUGAACCAAAUGCUGUUACAGUGCAAAAGGAAAAUUCUCAUUCUUGCAUUCGAUUCCAGGCUUUAAAAUUUCAAUUGUUGGAUUGAUUAUUUAGGAAAAAAGGGGGAUACAAGUCAGUGAAGGGAUUCGAAUAGAAGAGUGACACAAGUAUGGGAAAAGUGUCUCCUAAAGAUAGGGAUUUAAAGACAGCUAAAAAGAACAGGCGAUUGAAGAGUUCGAGCAGUAAGUAUCUCAAACCAGGUACUCUUGCUCAGCUUCGGCAUAGUAAAGUUUCAGCUGCCAAGUUGUGUACCGAUCUUGGGAAGAAAAGGGUGGCUGUAUUAAGUUCUAAGAAACCGGAGGAUGAUAAUCUUUUGAUCGAAAAUAUGGUUGCUGAGAAAAUCCCUUUGAUGUUAUCGCCCAUGGAUUUGCAUAAGCAGAGUAGUAUGACGCGGACUCCAAAGACACCUCGGCCUGAAGACUUCGAAUCAGAGUCAAGGCUUGAGUCUCUUCCAAUGGAUUUACUGGUUAAAAUACUCUGUCACUUGCAUCACGACCAACUGAGGGCAGUUUUUCAUGUUUCUCAAAGGAUAAGAAGAGCUGUUUGUCUUGCAAGGCAAUUUCAUUUCAAUUAUACAACACCUGACCGCUCAAGACAGGAGAUGCUAAGCACUAUGACACCUAGGGUGACAGAACAUUGGCCUUUUCUGAGCAAGCGUGAUGGCAAAAGUAAUUUGAUAGGAAGCCCACACACCCCGAAAGCUCCCAGGCAGGGUCCGCGACCCCCUUCUCGCAUUAAAGUAACUGAGUUGAGGCAAAUUGCUGCAGUGCUAUUCCAGGAUUCAGGAUUCCCAUCGAGAUGCAUGGUGCCAUCUGUUCUCCCUAAGCCAUUAUGCAAAUCUUUGGCUUCAAACCGAGUGCUAUUCUAUGAGGAUGAGUUAUGCCAGGCUGUUGCUCAGAAUAAGCUUCGCUGAUUCUUCUGUGUUACUCUCUUAUGCGUUGGUUCCUCUGUGUAUAGUUUAUUUGUCUUCCUAUAGGAGAUUGUAGUUAGAUUAGAUAAGUAUCAAGUAUGCAAUUUUGUAGCUUUGCAUGGGCAGUAUUAGGUUAUAAGAAGUUUGUUUAUGAAUGUGGGGUUUCUCAAAUACUUAGUGGCUCUUGAACUGGUUGGUUGGUUGCUUGCUUGUAUAUCUUAUUCUCAUAUAGGUAUGUUUGCAAGUGUAUCAAUGGUUGCUUUGUCAAUGAAGCUUGUGUUGGGUCCUUAUGAUACAUUUGUUCAAGUAGUACAGUUACCUUAAAUGCUUAGUCCAAGGACAUGCGACUUUAGAUGAUGGUUGGAGUAUAGAUAGGGUCAUUUGUUGUAGUCUAUAGACAGGUCACACAGGUAGUACGUGGCAAAUUUCGUUUUAUGUUAGGGAUUUGGACCUCAAUUGCCACUUUCUCUUUUUUAGUCUUUUACCUUGGUGAAAAGAGUAUCUGAUGUAUCGCGUGUAAUUAGCAACUUUUGAAAGUGUCUUCUCUACGUUAAAUGGUGUUUUAAAAAAUUAUAUAGUUUUUAUGAGUUAACUAUUCAUUUUAUUAAAAUGUUGGCAUGUUGGUGUAUUUAGUGAACAAUUAUUGAGAAAGGCCAAGGAGUGAAAUGCAAAGAGCUAAAAAACAAGAAGAGAAUAGGAAGAUAAGGGAGAAUCAAGAUCGAAGUAAGUAAACUAAUUGCUGACAGUAGCAUCGACGUUGUAUUUGUGUCAUAUCUUUGGAGAAAAAUGAGCAUUCUUCUUCUUUGAUGAUCAUGUUGCUCUUCUGUUAAAUGGAAACCCAUUUUCCUACUAUUAUUGUGUUAUAUGAUACGAUUCCCCUUUUUCCUUUUUAAAAAACAA